CGUUUCUGGGACCACCAGAAGUUAAUAUCAGCUCCUGUCUAAACUGUAUAAAUGUUACCAUAAAGCUGCCAACCUCUCACUUCAGAAAAAAUGAAAAGCUACUGUCUUUAAUUGAUAUAUAUGAAGAGCUUGAUUAUGAUAUAACACUGAAAACACUUGAUGGAGAGCAUAAGAGGCCACGUGAGAAAACCACUGAAGAAAUUUUUAAUACUGUCAUUGAAGAAUUGUAUCCAAAUAGAAAUUACUGUGUGUCUGUUAUGAUCACUGCAUCUCUAAACAAACGUUCCAUCCCAUCAGCCUGGAAAUGUAUAACUGCAGAGACUGUAGCUCAACAAGAUUAUCAUACAGUUGCAAUCGCAGGUGCUGUAUGUUUUUCACUGAUAUUAGCUGGUGCCCUGAAGUGUAUGCAUGCAGGAGGUUAUAUUCUUCAAAAAAAAUCGCUCCCACAUACCUUGGUAUGCAUCAGGACAUUAGCCGAUUCACCUUGGAUAGUUAAAUCUGAAGAAAUAGCCUCUCUAGAGAUCAUUUACAAAGAGGUUAAAAAAAGGGCAAAUGAAUCCAGCGGUUCUGUCAGCGAUGAAGAUGACAGUGACAGCGAUGUCAUAAGUAAUCAUGACUAUACAAGGCGUGAGAUCAUAAGUAGAGUACCUCAUUCCUCUGACACACCGAAUGUAUUCGUGCAGUACUUUACAAAUAGUACAUGUGACGACAGCAGCAGCCAGGCAAAUGAAAAUCCGGAUGCUGACCCAGAAGACUUUGAAGAGCAUGAGAUGAACGUUGAAGAAGACAAAGACGCAAGUAGUGAGUUACUUAAUGCUUUCUCUGAGGUAAAUUGUAACUACUCUUCUAGGCGAAGGAACAGUGAUUGCUUUACCAUUAACUUAAAAACUGUGCUGUUGGGAGCCUCUGAAGAGAACGUGGAUAGUUCUGCAGCUCUUCUUUCUUCCCAGGAAGAUGCAGUUGACUGGCAAUGUACUCAUGCUUUGGAAUCAAAACUCCUGGAUGACACAGAAAGUGUGCAGAAACCACACUGUUGUAACAGCUCUCGUGAAUGGCAAAACUCCUCUCAUUCAUCUGAGGAAAGUGACUCAUCAGAUUCAGAUACGAACCAAAAAGCUGAAUACAUAAGACGAAUAAGUUGCUCCAGGGAUGCUGAAUGUUCUGGUAGAAGUAGUGGCAUUGGCAUCUUUGGUGCAGGCCAGAUCCUGAAGUCGGGAGAUAAACCUUUCCUCAG